UGGUAAGAAGUGACGCGCCAUCGUAACACCCAGAGCCUGAUGGUACCUGAAGGAAAUGUGAGACGUUCACUUUCCAUCAGGCUGUGAUGUCAUGUGACAGUGAUGUCACUGAGGCUGCUGAUGCCAGUGACCAGAGCGUGACGCCCCGGGAGACACAGAGGCACUGUGAUCUAACAAACCCCGCCCCCAGUAGCCAGUACCAGUUACCCCAUAGCUCGGACACACACACACACUCUGACACACACUCUGACACACACACACACACACACACACACACACACACACACUCUGACACACACACACACACACACACACACACACACACACACACUCUGACACACACACACUCUCACUCUCUCACACACACACAGACACACCCACUUCCUCUUUGCUGUCACCUCUUCUUCGGGGGAAAUAGAACGCUGCUUUCACACCUUCCUGCCUCGUCACUCGCGCUCACACUGGAAAUGAAAGCUCUAUUUUUCUCGCUCGCUGCCCCGCUCACUUCCUGUGGCAGCUGCUCGCUCUAACGUGCUGCAGUGAGCGAGGCGUGUGACUGACAGCUCGUCAGGCGGGACGCACGGACCGAUCCACCGUCACAUGGAGGAUCGACAGGAGGCAUGACAGAGGAGAAAUGUCCCCAGCUGGUGGACUACUUUGUAGUGGCUGGCCUGGACCCCGUGGGGCCAUGGAGGCCCCUGGACGAGGAUGGGAAGGCCGCUGCCGCCUCCUCGACGACGUCCUCGUCUUCUUCCUCGACGGGCCGGGCGGCGGAGCCCGUGACGGACCUGGUGGUGAUCGCCCGGGGGCUCGGAGAGGAAGUUCCCGAGGGCUUCACCUGCAUCGAGAAGACGCUGGGCGGACACUCGGCCGAGCUGAGCGCCGGCCUCAUCAACAACCCGCACCUGUACCUGUGUUACCGCCGAGGGCGGGACAAGCCGCCCAUCCUGGACCUGGGGGUUCUGUACGAGGGGAAGGAGCAGCUGAAGCAGGGCUGGUACGUCAUUGAAACCACGCCGUACAGCCGCUCAGCGAGCCUGAGCGCAGGCGGCGCCCCCACAGCUCAUCGGGUCUUUAUGACGUACCGCCGGGCUCUGGACUCGCAGGGCCUCCAUACGCUGGGCGUCACCGACAUCGCCCUGCUGCUGCCUAGCAAGGGCGAGGUGGCGCCGCACACCUUCUGCAGAGUUGACAAGAACCUGAACACGGGCAUGUGGGGUCCAGCGCUGCACGUGUGCUACAAGAGAGCCGUGGCUACAGCCAACGCCCUGGUGUUCGAGGCCGAUCUGAUCAGCCGCUACCCGGAGGAGGACCUGGACUCGUUUCCUCUGCCUGAGUCGGUGCCGGUCUUCUGCCUGCCGAUGGGCGUCACCGUGGAGAGCUGGCCUCAGAACACCAAGUACCAGCUGCCCGUCUUCUCCACCUUCGUCCUCACCUCCGCCUCCGGGGACAAGGUUUACGGCGCCGCCAUCCAGUUUUAUGAGUCGUUCUGCAGAGAGCUGCUGUCGGAGCGGCAGAGCAUCUGCCUCGGUCUGCUGAGCGUCGUCGACCGGCGGCCCAUCACCAACCGCAGCCUGCAGGUGAAGAAGAGCAUCUGCGUCCUCUCUCACUGGCCCUUCUUCACCGUCUUCCAGAAGUUCCUCACCUUCAUCUACAGAUACUCCAUCUCCGGGCCCCACGUGCUGCCGAUCGAGAAACACAUCUCCAGCUUCAUGCACAACGUCCCGUUUCCUUCCCCUCAGCGUCCUCGAAUUCUCGUUCAGCUCUCACCAUACGACAACCUGCUGCUCUGCCAGCCUGUCUCCUCGCCGCUCCCGCUCAGCGGCGCGAGCUUCCUGAAGCUGCUGCAGAACCUUGGCCCAGAAAACGCCUGCACGCUGCCGCUCGCCGUCCUCACCGAACACAAGCUGCUGCUGCACUCGCUCCGACCCGACGUCCUCACCUCCGUCAGCGAGGCUCUCGUCUCCAUGACAUUCCCGCUCCGCUGGCUCUGUCCCUACAUCCCUCUGUGCCCGCUGCAGAUGGCAGACGUGUUGCUGGCACCAAUGCCCUUCAUCGUGGGCGUCCACUCCAGCUACUUCGACCUGCAUGACCCGCCCACCGACGUGGUGUGUGUUGACCUGGACGCCAACACCAUCUUCCAGUCAGAUGACAAGAAGCCGCUGUCGUGGCGUUCGUUGCCCAGGAAACACGGCAAGAUGCUGUUCAACGUCCUCACCAACCUCCACAAGACGCUGGAGAAAAUUUGCACUCCCGGCCAGGAGGAGGCGACGCUGGAGUUCCUGCUGACCGACUACGACCAGAUCUACAGGCGUCAGAAGCAGCUGGAGCUGGAGAUCCAAGAGGCCUUCCUGCGCUUCAUGAGCUGCCUGCUGCGAGGGUACAGAGCCUUCCUGCUGCCCAUCACGCAGGCGCCAUCCGACACCACCACCGACUGCAGCUCCCUGUUCAACCUGCAGGGUUUCCUGAAGUCUCGGGAUCGAACGCAGCAGAAGUUUUACACCCAGCUGACCAAGACGCAGAUGUUCACCCAGUUCAUCGAGGAGUGCUCAUUCGUCAGCGACCGCCACGCCUGCCUCGAGUUCUUCGACGAGUGCGUGCAGAAGGUGGACGUGGAGAAGCCGGAGGAGGUGAGGCUGAUCGAUCUGGACGAGACGCACAGCGGUGAGCACACCGUCUUCAUCAUGCCUCCCGAGGAACCGCAGGAACCUGAUGGGUCUGAGUGCCCCGCCCUCUACAGUUAUGAGACCUUCCCCACCCUCAAACUAGAGCUCUUUGACCAACCCCAGGACCAACUCCGCGUCCCGGCCAAGGGCAGCGCCCCCAGUAGCCCCGCCCCCCGCCGCACCAAACAGGAGAUCAAGUUGGCUCAGAAGCGGGCCCAGAAGUACUCGGCGGUGCCGGACAUGUGGUCCAAGUGCCUGCUGGGUCACUGCUACGGCCUCUGGUUCAUCUACCUGCCCACCUUCGUCCGUGCGGAGACCGCCAAGGUCCGCGCCCUGCACACAGCCUACGACGUCCUCAAACACAUGGAGAACCGCAAGGUGGUGCUGCCGGACGAGGUGUGUUACCGGAUCCUGAUGCAGCUGUGUGGUCAGUUCGGGCAGCCGGUCCUUGCUGUCCGAGUCCUGCUGGAGAUGAAGAAGGCGGGAAUCACACCGAACACCAUCACCUACGGAUACUACAACAAGGCGGUGCUGGAGAGCAAGUGGCCGUCCACCAAUCAGGGCGGGCGUCUCCGCUGGGCCAAGCUGAGGAACGUCCUGCUGGCUGUGGCCCAGUUCAGACAGCCGAUCAAACGGCGGCAGAAGAGCGGCUCCGUGGGGUCGCGAGGAGAAACGGCGGCGGAGUCUGACCGAAGGCCCCGCCCCCACUCCACUCUGAUUCGUCAGUCAAGUUGGAGCGGUCUGAGUGAAAGCUCGAGUCACGAGUCUCUGACUGGCCCUCUGGUGAAGAGCAACAGUCUGAGCAGCAUGAAGACGGCGAGCGACAAGGUCAAACCGGGUAAGAAGUCUGUCCUCCGUGAGGCAGGGGCCAAUGGCUGCGCGGAUACCGUCUCCCGUAAACCCCCACUGGGACGGCGGGGCACCUCCACGCCGCCUCCAGCGCCCUCUGGUGGAGUUCUGGUUCAGCGGAGUCAGGUCUGCCUCUCCAGCUUCUACAAAGAGUGCGUGGAGUUGGCCGACUCGGAGCUGGACUUCAGCUGCCAGCCCGCUGAGGCAGACAGACGACCUGCGGACGUGCAGAGCUCGGCCGGCAGGAACAAAGCUGUAGAUGAGAACUACAACAACGUCUCCUCCCCGAGCCGAGGAGGACUGGCGGGCAAACUGCAGCAACUCCUCACGCCGACCAAACACCGAGUGUCCGUGCGACGAGCUGCCAGUGUGGGCGACCGGAGGCCGGGAGGGGGGGCAGGGGCAGGAGGUGGAGUGAUUGGACGAAGAGUGUCGGACCAGAGGCCGUCCAGGAAAGGUCAAGUGGCCGAAACUCUCCUGAAAACCAAGGAGAAGCUGGUCAACGCCACGUCAGAGAGCUCGCUGUCUGUAGGAAGCGAUCUCGACUUGAUGGACGUGCCGAGUCCCGCGUAUCCUCUACGCCGGUCCUGGGACGCCAAUCAGGAGGGGGUGGGAAUAGAGGUGUUGAUGUCCAGCUGCUCGCUCUGUCGUAGCUGCAACUCGCUGGUUUACGACGAGGAGAUCAUGGCGGGCUGGACAUCGGACGACUCCAACCUGAACUCCUCCUGUCCGUUCUGCGGCUCCUCCUUUGUUCCCUUCCUGAACGCCGAGAUCUGUGACCUUGGACCCGUCAGCAGUGCGGACCGCUGCAACUGGAACCUGGAGGACGAGGUGGAGAGUGCCGUGAGGCCCCCCAGUGGUCACGAGGCGUCCCUGCGACCCCAGUGUAACGGGCUGAGCGAGGACUCCAGCUCCGAGACCAGCAGCUACUCCGAGACCAGCAGGACCACCAUGGGUUCAUCAGUGGGUGGAGUUCCCCAGGUGACCGUGGCCUACCUGAGCCCUCUGGUUUUGAGGAAGGAGCUGGAGAGUCUGCUGGAGAAUGAAGGCGAGGCGGUCCUGGCCCAGCCUCAGCUCCUGGACAACCACUCCAUCAUCUUCUGGAACCUGGUCUGGUACUUCCAGCGCCUCGGCCUGCCCAACAACCUGCUGCAGCUGGUCCGAGCCUCACCGCUUGUCAGCCAGUUCACACAGUCGGAGAACUCGGCAGUGAGAGUGAGACUCCUGUGGGACACCCUGACCCCCGACACAGACCAGUGGCCCCCCCUCUACGUCCUCUGGAGGAUCCACAGUGGCGUCCUGAUGAGAAGCUACAGCUGGCGGAGGCACAACCACCCGUUCACCCUGUCCUUCCUGGAGGAGGUGCUGCGGUGGGUGGGCAUGAACGAGGUGCACAAGGCCGUCACGCUGUUCCUGGACACGCUGGCCAAACAGCCGGGAACCCCCAGGAUCCAGAGGAGCCUGUACAGAGAGUUCCUCUUCCUCACGCUGGCAGCUAUGGGCAAAGAUCACGUCGCGGCGUUCGAUAAGAAGUACAAGGCGGCGUACUCUCGGCUCAGCGGUACUCUGGGUCGGGAGGAGCUGCAUAAGAAGCGAGCCCAGCCUCCCAGCCCGAAGGCCGUCGACUGCAGACGCAGCUUCCACCCGCCUCUCGAAUGCUGAAACCGGUCCCGGUGACUUCCCCCGCGCUCGUUCAUCCCUGCCAAGGGAAAACGGCGAGCUGCCGGAUCCCCGCUGCCUUCACCUGCUCGUGUUCUUCACCUCUCUGCUGCCUCCAGGUGGAGGUCGGAGUGCCGUGCUCCUUCCUGUCCUCUGUACCUUCUUUUGCCUCGUCGGUGUGAAUCCAGCUGCUCUACGCCUCCAUCAACGAUCCUGAAAGUAGAUCCGGCAGCAGGAGACAAAAGGAACGCACUUUUCUCAGCAGCAUUCUGAGCCGUGAUUGGUGCAGCGUCAAAGGCGAGGGCUCGUUAGAAGCUCGGGCUGGGCUGCCUGAUUUAAAGAUGCACUGCAUGGUCAUGGGCGAGCCUCACAGUCUAUUUUUAAGGCGUGGUCGAGAAGGACUUUCAGGUGUUUUUUAUUACUGUUUUUUGCACGACUGAUCGUCCUCAUCGUGCUGGGAAUCUUCCAGAAGAUGGUCGGCCUGUCACAAUGACGCGGAGCCGACCUAGAGAAAUGCGACUAAAGCACGUGACCUGACAUGAGCUCAGGAAUUAGUCACAGAAACGAAGACGCUUCCACUGAGACCGAGCCGGAGUGAAAGUCUCGGAGAGAGAGUUAGCAAACUAAGAACAACAGCGGUCACCUGUAAAACCGACAGCGACGGCGACCAAUCAUAAAGAGUAGAAUAACCUCCCACACACACGGCUGUAAUCCCCCCAUCCACCGCCCGCUGCCUGACCUCCAGGAUGAAGCCUGAACUAUUUCCUGCUAGAAUCCAGAUGGCAGUACAGGAAGUUCCUCUCAUCAUCUCUCUUUGGACCUGGAGACUCACCUGGAGGCCCGACGCACUCAUUCGGGAAGUGCUGUGUGAUGUGAAAUCUGUAUUAUAACAAAGUGUAGAUAUUUAUGGCUCUAAUAAAGCAGAGAGGGUGUGUUUCAGAAUGCAGAGCAGAGCUUUUUGAUGGAGCUGAGUGACUCAGCGUUAAGGCUGAAGAGGAAAGAGGAGGGAUUUAAUGCACGCUGUCAUGUGUUGAUGCUCGAAAGCGUCGCUGGUUUCAGCUCGGAGCGUCUGGUUUGGGACGAGCGAGGUCAGAGGAAAUAAACGAUCCAAUUUACAGAUAAGUUCCCCUUGAAGGCGUCGCCUUCUCCUUCCUGUCCGCCCUGCGAGCACCAGCAGCGACCCUUUAGACGGUGCAGGCCUGACCGAUGAAUCCACAGAUCCAAAUGAUCAGAAUCCUGAAUCGCUCCGUCACGUCUCUGAUGGUCUUCAAGUUGUAACAGGAGCAUUUAGCCUGCAUGGGGUCUUUUAUUUUGAAAUGUGGCCUGUUUCUGAUUUCCUGUUCUCCUCGUCUGCUCUGAGCAGCUUGGUGUGGUUUCUGUCAACAAUAGCACCCCUGCUUAUUUUGAGCAGCACGCUUCUUCUGUGUCAGGAGUGCCGCAUCACUGCGUCCACGGCGUUCCGGGUAACACACCUGACCUGAUCUCAUUGGUUGUUCAGAUAAGCAGUGGGUGGAGCCUCUGCAGAUCUUUUUUUUUUUUUUUUUUUUUUUAAAUAUUAAAAACCAAAAAACUUCACAUUUCCUUUUGAGCCCACAAUCACUGCACGGCUGAUGUUUUUGUUGGGUCGUGUGUGAUUGUCCUGAACCAGAUGCUCAGCGGCGCUAUGGAGCAUGCUCAGUUUGUGACGUGAUGCACGUUCAUGUGUGGUCUGUCAGCUGACCCACAAAGCUAACAGUUUGCUCUAGGGCACCUCGGCAGCAGCAGGAAUCAAACCAGCGACUUUUCGCCCUCUGUUGGAACCUGGCGGAGGUCAUGUGGGACCUUCUGUUAAUUCCAGCUUCAUAUUUUUAGUGUCAUGGAGCAGCUUUGCAUGAUUCACAGUUCAAAAUAAUGCUCCUGUGUCUGGGCUCAGCCCCUCAAUCACCCUCUGCUUUGGCUAUCGUCUCUUUAAGAUGGCAGCUUUCCUCUGAUUGGACAGCUUGCAGAAGCAUGCGGAGGGGCUGAAUAAACGUGAGUUUCUGGUUUACAGGAAUGAAUUUGAAACUGUGUGUGCGUGCGUGGGGGGGAACUGACGACUGCUUCAUCAGUGAAUUUGUACCUGCUGCAGCCGAGUGCCCCGGAGCCAGACGUGAACUUCAAACUGUGGUUAAACUCGUUUGACAUGACGAGUCUUUAACCAACCAGCUGACCGCCUGUGGUUGGAGCUGGCUCAGGCGAGCGUAUUUAAACUGAUACUGUGUUUGGUGUUGUAAUUUAUAAAUGCUCGUGAUUUCAGUUGUAAAUGUUUUUUUAAGAAAACAAAUAAAAGUGAGCAGAGUUUGCAACAACA